GCUCCCUGACGCCCGCUGUGAGCCGCGGUUCUGCCCCACAGGUGCCCGGUCCCAGCCGCGGCCCCCGCAGACGCAGAGAUGGAUGUGUUUGGAGGGGCCCCCCGGUUCCUCGCCUACCCCCGCACGUUCACCGUGCAGAGCGGCGCCGAUGCCCUCCUUAAGUGCCAGAUCACGGGCGACCCGCAGCCCAGCAUCGCCUGGGAGAAGGACAAGGCGCCCAUCGCGCCGGCCGGGCGCUUCCGCGUGCAGGCCGAGGGCAACGUGUACAGCCUGCUGGUCUCGCGGGUGACGCCCGAGGACGGCGGGCAGUACAUCUGCAAGGCCAAGAACAGCGUCGGCGAGACCUACGCUGCUGCCACGCUCAAGGUGGAGCCCGGGGAGCCGCGCUGCGAGGGGCACCCCGACGACCGGGCCCCCGUCUUCCUGGCCCGGCCCCUCUCCCUGCGUGUCGGCCGCGGGGAGGACGUGGCGUUCAGCUGCCGGGUGCUGGGGCAGCCGGGCCCCGUGCUGGAGUGGGAGAAGGACGGGCGCAAGCUGUCCGACCUCUUCGAGAGCAGCCACUUCUGCGUGGGCAAGGAGCCCGAGGACUGGCACUUCCUGCGGCUCUUCGGGUCCCGGCCCCCGGACGGCGGCGUCUACGUGUGCCGCGCGCGCAACCGCGCCGGGGAAGCGCUGGCGGCCGCGGUGCUCCUGGUAGACCCCUCGUCCCGGGAGCCGCGUGACGGCCCGUCCCUGGGCCCCCCCCGGAACUGCCUGCCCCUCAGCUGCUGCGACAAGGCGCCGGAGCAGCCCGCAGAGGGGAGGCCGCGGCGCCGGCACGUGGCGGGGCCCGAGCCCGAGCCCGAGCCCUGGGCGGCCCUGACCAACGGCGAGGCGGCCCCCAGCACGCCGCGGGCGAAGGCGUUCACCGUGAGCGAGGGGAAGCAUGCCAAGUUCCGGUGCUACGUGACGGGCAAGCCCAAGCCCGAGAUCGUGUGGAAGAAGGACGGGAAGGCCGUCGUGCCGGGCCGCCGGCACCUGGCCUACGAGGACCGCGAGGGCUACUUCAUCCUGAAGGUGCUGUACUGCAAGCCCCGGGACCAGGGGCUCUACGUCUGCACCGCCUCCAACACGGCCGGCCAGACGCUCAGCGCCGUGCAGCUCCACGUGCGAGAGCACCGGGUGCGGUUCCAGGUGCAGCUGGAGGACGUGGAGGUCCGGGAGCGCGAGGACGCGGUGCUGGAGUGCCGGGUGCCGCUGGAGACCAUCCCCACCGCCUGGUACCUGGAGGACAAGCCGCUGCAGCCCAGCCCCAAGUACCUCAUGGAGGAGCAGGGCCGUGUGCGGCGCCUCACCAUCCGCGAUGCCCGCACCGACGAUGACGGCAUCUACCUCUGCGAGAUGCAGGACCAGGGCCGCAGCAUUGCUGAGGUCUCCGUCAGAGGAAUGAUCGUGAAGCGGCUGCCGCGGAAGCUGGACGUCAUGGAGGGGGAGAACGCCGCCUUCUGCGUGGAGACGCGGGAGGCCGUGGAGGGCAUCUCCUGGCGCCGCAAUGGGCAGGAGCUGCAGGAGUCGCCCUGCACCGUGCUCAAGAGCUUCGGCAAGACCCACCUGCUGGUCCUGGUGCACGUGACGCGGGAGGACGCCGGCAUCGUUGCCUUCGCUGUUGGGGACUCGGAGACCUCGGCCCAGUUCCGCGUCAAAUGUGCGAAGCGUGUCCCACCCAGCACACCCGUGGCCGCCUGCAUGAGCACGGAGCACAGUAACGCCGCGCUGCUGACGUGGUGUCCCGCGCCCGACGUGCACCGCAGCCCACCCAACGCCUACGUGCUGGAGCGGCAGGAGGCUGGCACGGCUGAGUGGGUGCAGUGCCUCACCACGGACACGGCCGGCGCCGUGGAGGUGCUGGGCGACAGUGUCCCCGCCGAGGCCGACUACCGCUUCCGCCUCUGCGCUGUCAACAAGUACGGAUGCAGCGCGCAUGUCGAGUUCCCCGGUGCUGCGCACCUCGUGCCCCUCGCCCGCGUGGAAAGAGCCCUGCAGGAUGCCGUGGUGCAAGAGGGCGAGGAUGCCAUCUUCUCCCUGGAGCUCUCGGCCUUGGUGCGUGGUGCCUGGUUCCUCAAUGGGGCAAGGGUGCAGGAGGAGGAGGAAGAGGAAGGCCGGCGGUGCUGCAUCUGGCACAGCAAGACAGAGCAUGCACUGCAGAUCCGUGGGGCGCGACUGACAGAGAACGGGGCUGAGGUGCGCUUCGUGGCCCACGGGCUGCAGGACGUGGCCACGCUGCACGUGCAAGCCCCGCAGGUGCGCAUCAUUGCGGUGCCCGAGGCCCAGCGCAUGCAGACGCUGCCAGCGGGGCUGCCCCUGCUCCUGGAGUGCGAGAUCUCCCAGCCCGACGCCACCGUGCGCUGGCUCAAGGAUGGGGAGGCCGUGCCUGGGGGCGAUGCCAUCACCGUCCAGGCAGAGGGCUGCAUGAGGAGGCUGCUUGUCCGCUCUGCCUGCCCCUUGCACUCCGGGAUGUAUGCGUGCGACACCGGCGAUGACGUGGUGACGUUUGCCGUGACUGUGACUGAGCCGCCCGUGCGGGUCGUCAGCUCCAACGAGGCGGCGGCACACACGUACGUGGCGUCGGAGCGCGUGGAGCUGGUGUGCGAGCUGUCCCGCCCCGACGCCCCGGUGCAGUGGUACAAGGACGGGGUGGAGGUGGAGGAGAGCGAGCGGCUUGUGCUGCAGCGCUCGGGGCCCUGCUGCCGGCUCGUCCUGCCCUCGGCCCAGCCGCCGGACACGGGCGAGUACGUGUGCGACGCUGGUGGCGACUCCGUCUUCUACAAUGUCUCCGUCGCAGCUUUGGCCACCCAUGUGCGCCUGUGUGAGCAGUACCUUGCCCCAUCCUCCCUUUACUGGUCCCUCCAUGCCCUGCUUCUGUCACAAAGCAGGCUACAAGCUCCCAGGGCCAAGGGCGCUGUUCCCACUGCCUCUGCAAUGGUUCUGUCUGUCCCAGAGCCGCCUGUGCGGGUCGUCAGCUCCAACGAGGCGGCGGCACACACGUACGUGGCGUCGGAGCGCGUGGAGCUGGUGUGCGAGCUGUCCCGCCCCGACGCCCCGGUGCAGUGGUACAAGGACGGUGUGGAGGUGGAGGAGAGUGAGCGGCUCGUGCUGCAGCGCUCGGGGCCCUGCUGCCAGCUCAUCCUGCCCUCGGCUCAGCCACCAGACGCAGGCGAGUACGUGUGUGACGUGGGCGGCGACUCCGUCUUCUACAGCAUCACCGUUGCAGAGCCGCCUGUGCGGGUCGUCAGCUCCAACGAGGCGGCGGCACACACGUACGUGGCGUCGGAGCGCGUGGAGCUGGUGUGCGAGCUGUCCCGCCCCGACGCCCCGGUGCAGUGGUACAAGGACGGGGUGGAGGUGGAGGAGAGCGAGCGGCUUGUGCUGCAGCGCUCGGGGCCCUGCUGCCGGCUCGUCCUGCCCUCGGCCCAGCCGCCGGACACGGGCGAGUACGUGUGCGACGCGGGCGGCGACUCCGUCUUCUACAAUGUCUCCAUCGCAGAGCCACCUGCGCGGGUUGUCAGCUCCAACGAGGCGGCGGCGCACACGUACGUGGCGUUGGAGCGCGUGGAGCUGGUGUGCGAGCUGUCCCGCCCCGACGCCCCGGUGCAGUGGUACAAGGACGGGGUGGAGGUGGAGGAGAGUGAGCAGCUUAUGCUGCAGCGCUCGGGGCCCUGCUGCCGGCUCGUCCUGCCCUCGGCCCAGCCGCCGGACACGGGCGAGUACGUGUGCGACGCCGGCGGCGACUCCGUCUUCUACAACGUCUCCGUCGCAGAGCCUCCUGUGAGGGUCAUCAGCUCCAACGAGGCGGCAGCACACACGUACGUGGCAUCAGAGCGCGUGGAGCUGGUGUGCGAGCUGUCCCGCCCCGACGCCCCGGUGCAGUGGUACAAGGAUGGUGUGGAGGUGGAAGAGAGCGAGCAGCUCGUGCUGCACCAUGAGGGACCCUGCUGCCGGCUCGUCCUGCCCUUGGCCCAGCCGCCGGACACGGGCGAGUACGUGUGCGAUGUGGGCGGCGACUCUGUCUUCUACAAUGUCACCGUCGCAGAGCCGCCCGUGCGGGUCAUCAGCUCCAACAAGGCGACGACUCACGUGUACGCGGCGUUGGAGCGCGUGGAGCUGGUGUGCGAGCUGUCCCGCCCCGACGCCCCGGUGCAGUGGUACAAGGACGGGGUGGAGGUGGAGGAGAGCGAGCGGCUCGUGCUGCAGCAUGAGGGACCCUGCUGCCGGCUCGUCCUGCCCUCGGCCCAGCCGCCGGACACGGGCGAGUACGUGUGCGACGCGGGCGACGACUCCGUCUUCUACAGAGUCACCGUUGCAGCCCCGCAGGUGCGCAUUGCCCCGGUGCCUGAGGCCCAGAGUGUGCGGACGGUCCCAGCGGGGCUGCCCCUGCUCCUGGAGUGCGAGGUCUCCCAACCCGAUGCCCCCGUGCGCUGGCUCAAGGAUGGGGAAGCCGUGCCCGUGGGCGACGUCGUCACUGUCCAGGCGGACGGCUGUGCAAGGAGGCUACUCAUCAGCUCUGCCUGCGUCUCACACUCCGGGAUGUACACAUGUGAUGCCGGUGACAACGCAGUGACCUUCACAGUGACUGUGACUGAGCCGCCCGUGCGGGUCGUCAGCUCCAACGAGGCGGCAGCACACGUGUAUGCAACAUCGGAGCGUGUGGAGCUGGUGUGCGAGCUGUCCCGCCCCGACGCCCCGGUGCAGUGGUACAAGGACGGGGUGGAGGUAGAAGAGAGCGAGCGGCUGGUGCUGCAGCGCUCGGGGCCCUGCUGCCGGCUCAUCCUGCCCUCGGCCCAGCCACUGGACGCGGGCGAGUACGUGUGCGACGUGGGCGGCGACUCUGUCUUUUACAGCGUCACUGUUGCAGAGCCGCGGGUGAGGAUCCUGCGCCCGCAGGAGCGCGUGCUGGAGCUGCGGGUGCUGGUGCUGGAGCGCGUGGAGCUGGCAUGUGAGCUGUCUGUGGCGGAUGCCCCGGUGCGCUGGUUCAAGGAUGGGCUGGAGGUGGAUGAGACGGACGACCUGCUGCUGAUGGCCGAGGGCACCCGGCGCUGCCUGGUCCUCCCGCGGGCUGGCACUGAGGAUGCCGGCGAGUACAUUUGCGAGACGCGGGAUGAGUCUGUCUCCUUUGACGUCAGGGUGUCUGAGCCCCCGGUGAGAAUCCUGCAACCAUGGAAAGCCCCCCCAACCCUGCAGGCCUGCACGGGGGAGACGGUGACACUGGCCUGUGAGCUCUCCCGCGUGAGCGCAUCUGUGCAGUGGGCCAAGGACGGUGCCUGGCUGGAGGCUGGUGGGAGCCUCAUCCUGGAGGAGGAGGGGGCACACCGACGACUGGUCAUCCCCGCGGCCGGCCCAGAGCACUCUGGGAAGUAUGUCUGCAACGUGGGCAACGAUGCCAGGACCUUCACCGUGCAGGUGUCAGACCCGCGGGUGCGGAUCCUGGGCCGGGGUGAUCUGCAGACCCAACGCCACUGCCGGGCGGGCGAGGACCUGGUGCUGGAGGUGCAGCUCUCACACGCCCACGGGGAGGCCAAGUGGUACAAGGAUGGGGAGAAGCUGCAGGACACGGGGCGUGUGCGUGUGGAGGAAGAUGGGGCCCGGCGCGCGCUCGUUGUGCUGGGCGUGGAGAGCCGUGACGCGGGCGAGUACCUCUGCGACACCCGCGACGACAGCCUCAUCUUCUACGUCACCGUGGAAGAGCCGCCAGUGUCCAUCGUGGGGAGCGCAGGGGUGCGGGAGCGGCGCUGCGUGGUGGCUGGUGAGGACCUGACGCUGGCCUGCGAGGUGUCGCGGCCCAACGCUGCGGUGCGUUGGUUGCGGGAUGGCCAGGAGCUGGCGCCCGGCGAGCGCGUGCGGGUUGUGGAGAAGGGGUGUCUGCGGCAACUGACCGUCCUUAGGGCCCAGCACAGCGAUGCCGGCUCCUACGUGUGUGACGCCGGCACUGACCAGAGGGUGACGUCCGUGCAGGUGGCAGCACCACCCGUUCGCAUCCUGAACAAGGAGGAGGCGGCGGUGCCAGUGCAGGCAGUGGAGGGUGACACGGUGACCCUGAUGGCCCGGCUCUCCCGGGAUGCGGCGCCCGUGCGCUGGCUGCGGGACAGGCGGCCGCUGCGCACCGGGGCCCGGCUCCAGGUGGGCAGCGAGGGGCCGUGCCGCAGCCUCACCCUCAAGCACGCCGAGCCAGGCGACAGUGGCACCUACUGCUGCGACGCCGGGGACGACGCUGUGCACUUCACCCUGCGCGUAAAGGAGGCCCCGGUGCUGUUCGUGAACAAGCAGGAAAAGCAGGAGAAGGUGCUGGUGCUGGAGGGGGGCAGCGCCGUGCUCUCGGCUGUGGUGUCCAAGGAGCAGGCCGCGGUCAGCUGGGCCGGGCCAUGUGGUGCCGUGGCCGCCGGCGAGCGCUGUGAGCUGCGGCGGGAAAGCCGUGUGCACAGCCUGGUGCUGAGCAAUGUGGGCAAGGACGAGGCCGGCUGCUACACCUGCAUCUCCCGCGACGACCGCAUGCACUUCGACGUCAGCGUGAAAGAGCUGCCGGUGAAGUUCGUGCGGGGCCUGUCGGACGUGCAUGCACACAAGGGUGAGACAGUGCUGCUGUGGUGCGAGCUGUGCAAGGCACGGGGUGACGUGACGUGGCUGAAGGAUGGGCAGGUGCUGGUGCCCGGCGGACGUGGCGAGGCCCGGGUAGAGGGCCGGGAGCGCUCACUGGUGCUGAGCAACGUGGGGCCUGAGGACGCUGGUGAAUACUGCUGCGAGAGCAAAGACGACCGGACGCUGGCCAUGCUGACCGUGCAGGUCCCCAGGGUGGUGGAGAUCAUCUCGGAGCUGCGCAACCUGACAGUGAUGGAGGGCGAGGACGCCACGUUCAAGUGUGUGGUGUCCCCGGAGGACGUGGCACUGACGUGGCAGCUGGGGGGGCAGGUGGUCGCACCCUCAGAGCGGCUGGCAGUGAGCAGGAACGGGCUGUGCCAUGCCCUCACCAUCCAGCAGUGCCAGCCCGGGGAUGCGACCACCGUGACGGCCAAUGCCGAGGGCCUGGUGAGCGCGGCCCGGCUCAGCGUGCAAGAGGCCGAGGUGCUGUUUGUGCAGAAGCUGCGGGACAUGGUGGUGGAGGAGCUGCAGGACGCCUGCCUGGAGGUGGAGCUGAGCCACGCGGGUGCCGAGGUGCAAUGGCUGAAGCAGGGGGUGCUGCUGCAGCCGGGCGCCAAGUACCAGCUGCAGGAGGCUGGGCGCCGGCGCGCCCUCACCAUCCACAGCCUCAGCCCCUCAGACCGCGGCACCUACCGCUGCGAGACCCUCCAUGACCGCACCCAGGCCAAGCUGAGCGUGGAGCCCCGGAAGGUGACGGUGCGGAAGCCACUGUCGGACGUGGAGACCUUCGAGAAGGAGAUGGCCACUUUCCAGCUGGAGCUGUCCCAUGCCGGCGUGGCCGGGGCCUGGGCACGGGACGGCGUGCGCGUGAAGCCAGGCCCCGCCUGCCGUCUCAGUGCCACGGGCUGCACGCACAGCCUGACACUGCUGGCGCUCACACUGGAGGACUCGGGCACUGUCACCUUCACUGCUGACAGCCUGCGCUGCAGUGCCCGCCUCACCGUCAGGGAGCCCCCAGUCACCAUGGUGAAGACCCUCCGGGACAUGGGUGUCCCCGAGACGGGGGCAGCGAGCUUCGAGUGCGAGUUGUCCCGUGCCUCUGUGGAGGUGAAGUGGUACAAGGACGGGACGGAGCUCCGAGCGGGGCCCACCUGCCGCCUCUACUCGGUGGGACGCCGGCGCAUCCUGCAGCUCAGCCACUGUGGCCUGCCUGACGCCGGCGUGUACACGUGUGACGCCGGUGAUUGCCAGGCCUCCGCCACGCUGGUGGUCUAUGAGCGCCGGGUGCACAUGCUGAGGGAGCUGGAGACCGUGCGCGUGCGUGAGGGUGAGAAUGCCGUCUUCACCUGCGAAGUGUCGCACGAGGACGUGCCGGGUGAGUGGUUCCGCGACGGCGAGAAGAUCAAAGCCUCCGGCACUGUGAAGAUUCGGCAAGAAGGGACCAGGCACUUCCUGCUCAUGUGCAGCGUGCGGCCGGAGGAUGCGGGGCAGAUCCGGUUUGUGGCCAAGACGGCAGCCUCUGACGCCAGCCUGCAGGUGGAGGCACUGCCCAUCCGGAUCGUGCGGCCGCUGCGGGACAAGACGGUGCUGGCGCAGCACAAGGCCACGCUAGAGUGCACCGUGUCUCAUGCCCGUGGCCGUGUCCGCUGGUUCCGCGGCGACACCGAGAUCUUCGGCGGUGGUGACAAGUAUGAGAUCUGCAACCUGGACUGCUACCGCACCCUCGUCAUCCACCACGUGGGCCCCGAGGACGAGGCCACCUACACGUGCGACGCUCUGGAUGACCGCUCCAGCGCCCGCCUGCUUGUGGAGGCGGAGAGCGUGCAGGUGGUGCGGGGCCUGCGCAGCGUGGAGGUGGUGGCACCGGGUGAGGCACAGUUUGAGUGUGAGGUGUCGGCGGCACUGCCGGCCCCGCCGCGGUGGAGCCUGAAUGGGGAGACGCUGAGGGCCGGGGCACACGUGGCCAUGGAGAGCGCAGGCCGUGUGCACCGCCUGACGCUGCGCCACACCUCGGCCGGCAUGAGCGGCGUGGUCAAGGUGGCCCUCGGCAACGCCCGCUCCAAGGCCCAGCUCACCGUGAGAGGGCGCUAGGAGCCAGAGGGCCGCGGCGGCGUGGAGCUCGCAGGCAGAUGUGCCCAUGGGGCAGCCCUAGGUCCUGCCAAGCGAGCUGCUGGUGGCAGAAAGGAUGGACAGACGGACGGGCCCUACCCCUGCCCCUGCCCCGGCGGGGGUGGUGGCUGCUUCAUUAUCAUUAAACACCUCCAUUAAA